CCCGCAAUUGUUGACAUUACAAAGUCGUCCACUUCUCAACAGCAUGCCCAUGCUUCGAUCAUGACUCUUCGCCUCCUCGUAACACCUAAAUGGGCCUCGCUGCCCAGCCUAUCGGAGGCACUCCAUAUCCACCCGCGCCGCCUACACGCCUCGGCUGUCACACGACGAAACCUCGGCGCACGAUACGCGCGCCCAUCACAUGUACCCGUAGAGGCGGCACCUCCACCUCGGCCGCCACCAGUCGCGGCCAAGCCCGCCGGGCCGCGCGACAAAGUCGUUGAGGUCGAAGGCGUGCGCAUCCCGCCCAAGCCCAUCCCGCCCGGCGACGAAGACUGCUGCAUGUCGGGUUGCGUGCACUGCGUACUCACGAUUUACGCCGACGACCUCGAGGAGUAUAAUAGCGCGAUGGACGCCGCGCGCGCCAAGCUCGAGGUCAGGAAGGUUCCGCGCGCGAAGUGGCCGCAUGUGAUGGACGAGGCGGACGGGGAAGAGGAGGAGGCGCCCAAGUUGGACCCGGCGAUGGCCGCGUUUGCUGCACUUGAAUCCAAGCUUGCUGGCCGGCCUGCGGCGCCGCCGCCACCAAAAGCAAAGCCGAAGCCGGCGAUGGACCCUGGGCUGUCGGCCUUCAUGGCGCUGGAAGCUAAACUGAAGAAGAAGCAUGAGCAUGAUGCAGUGUAAGGCUGCCAUGGAAGAUUAUAAGAUCAUGCCCACUCUACAUGGACAGGGAGGCAUCGAGGAUUAUGCCCCAGGCCACUUGCCGUUGCGGCCAACUCGGGCGCUCAGAGAUCCCGCCGUCACCACCAGCCAC